AUGCAAAGCUCCCCUUGUACAAAUGGAGAGUGCUUGCGCUCAUGUGCGAAGCACCAUUUACAUGAAUGGACCUUCGCCUACGAGCGCAAGUGCCUGCCAUUUGUGCUAGUGGAGUUUUGUGCUCGAAUGCAAGUACUUUCUGCUUGCAUGCAAAGCUCCAUUCACGCAAGUGGAGGGUACGCACACGUGCUGCUCUCACAAAUGGAGUUGUGCAUGUGCAUGCCUAUCACUCACUCACCCCCUCCACCCCCAUGCAGGGGCCAGGCCACCAAGCUGGAAAGGUUGGGGACCGCUGUGGUAGAAUGUCCUGUUGCAGAAGUCAGGAAUUUACGCCGAAUGACAGCCGGUUUUAUGGGCAUGGCAGUGGCCAUCAUCCUAUUUGGAUGGAUUAUCGGGGUGCUGGGCUGCUGCUGGGAUCGAGGCCUUAUGCAGUAUGUGGCAGGACUUCUCUUCCUCAUGGGAGGAACCUUCUGCAUAAUAUCACUGUGUACAUGUGUAGCUGGAAUCAACUUUGAGCUCUCCCGAUACCCCCGGUACCUGUAUGGACUCCCUGAUGACAUCAGUCAUGGCUACGGCUGGUCCAUGUUUUGUGCAUGGGGAGGCCUAGGUCUUACUUUGAUCUCUGGCUUCUUCUGUACCUUGGCCCCUUCUGUUCAACCUGUCCCCAGGACCAAUUGCCCCAAAUCGAGACCUGAGAAUGGGACAGUGUGCUAAGACAAGUACAAACAAGCCUAUAAAUAUACAUAUUAUACAUAUAUAAAUAUAAAUUAAUAUACAUAAACAUAUAUUAUAUAUAGAUCUCAAACAGUUGCCAGUGCCAUGGUAGAGUGGAGUCCAGUGGGGCCCCUACAUCUUCUCUACAGCUUUGUAUUGUUCUUGUUAUUUUUUCCUGGAGAAAGGAAUAGCUUUUCGGCAACAUUGCUCUUCCAUUCAGCUCCUAAAAAAAAUCUUCAGCAUCCCACUUCAAACAUCAAAUGAACUUAUUGUUGCAUCUGUCUACCGCCAGUUGGGUGUGAUGUGAUAGGAAAGGGGAAAGGGUAUCUUGGUGAAUCAGGUACUUUUACAAGGAGUCAA